AUUUAUUGAGAGCACAAACCCUGUGAAGGCAAACUUAUAAAUAUGUUUAUAGAGUAAUUUUAAAGAUAAAGAAGCUCCCCAGUCUCUCCUAAUCAGGGAGUUUGUUCCAGAGAGUGUCGAGCCAAACUGGAAAUGCCCCAUUAAAACUAAAGGCUCUGAAUGCUUUCUCCACCCUUCAUACUUCAGUACACAUGUUGAGCCAAGUCCCUCCAGCUCAGACUGUGAUGGAUGCCCCGUGUCUCCUUAUGAGGGAUAAACGCUGCAUUGUAUUUGUCAGCACUUCUCAGGUUAACACGGAUGGAAACGGAACAAUCAGGCUGCCCUUUUAAUUGGGGCGAUUAAGCCGAUUAUCUGCAUGUUCACUUGGAUUACAGCCUGUGAUUAGAGCCAUGGAGGACACACAUAGGAGACAAACAGAUACAAAAGGCCCCCCUACCAGCUGCUGUUCUCACCCUAAGUCCAAUUGUUGUGUGACUGUGAAGUAGGAUUUCCUCCACUUUACAGUAGACCAAUUGGACUGAGAGGAUCCCGGAGCUGCUGCUGCUUAAAGGCUCUAGCUUCAGUUAACAGACUCACACUCAGGUGGCGCACAGAGAGCAAUGGGUAACGCAACAGGUAGCACCGUGGACGACCUGCAAGCCGUGGAGAUGCACCUCUGGUACAAGAAAUUCAUGACCGAGUGCCCCUCGGGGCAGCUCACCCUGCACGAGUUCAAGCAGUUUUUUGGGCUUCGAGGUUUGGACCCCGAGGCCAACGCAUACAUAGAGCAGAUGUUUCGAACGUUCGACAUGAAUAAGGUAAGAUAGACGAGAGGAUGACCACAAUGAGAUUUGUUUUUUUAAAGCUGACAGGAUGGGACAUAAAUCUCUCUGAACAGAUUUAAACAAGAUGCAUACAAACACAUUAAGAGGAUAAACUUCACACUGGACCUUGUGCUUCAGAUGCAUAUUUAAACACAAAACAUGCAUGAGAAAUGUUUCCCUCUGAGUUCUGAACUUGUAACUACUUCUUAUUAACAAAUACUAUCAGUAAUACUGAAUGUCAGGUUCAUUCAUUAGAGAGCAAGAAGGUCCUUUCUAUCUGUGUGUGAUUCAUUUUGAAGUUAACCAGAUCAAUGUUAGAGUCUGUUACGAGGCAAGUGUCUCAUCUUGGACCAUUUAAAACAGUCGUAAUACUUUUGAUGCUAGUUUAAUUGAUUUGUUGUAGUUUUUUGUGUUCAUAAAAGGACAUUAAAUUAUAUUUAUUGGGGUUGGACUUUCAGUAGCCUGUCAACAAAAUGCAUGUUGCAAGUUGAGUGAUUUACAGAUGUUUACAUUCUGACAAAUAAUGCCAAACUAGCCUGAUGAUUAUUUAAUUCACUGAUUUUUUGAAAAACCUUUUUGUUCUGUUAAUCAUUUGUGAAAAAUGUCUGUAGCUCACAAAGAAUAAAGUGAAAAACAUGCCGACCUAAAAAUGAAAUGUCCACAUGCCCGUCUCGAUUUAUGAUUUAUCAAUAUGACGACUGUUGACCGGAACAACUGCGUCAGCUCUUUGAACAAAUACAGAUUUAUCAGAAUCAGGAAGCUGAAGCAUCACUAGAAAGCGGUAUGCGAUCCUUUUAAGAGGCAAUAUUUGGAGACCAGGUUACGUUUGCCGACUAUUCCUGUAGGUUAAUUAAUUAUUCAAUCAUUGAUGACCUGGGUCUACCAAAUGUAGCGUAAACGUAGCCCAGUGAAAGAAGCCAAUCACAGCCCAAGGUGACAUCUGUACUCUGAAUCUUUUGUACAACAUUCACUCCAAAACUUGAAGACCUUUUGAUAUAAGACAAAAGGGGAUUUGUUUGUCCAUUUGUCUGAAUUUUUUUUCUUAAACUACAAUUGUGGGAUCUAAUUUGCCAAUUAAGAGAAGGUCAAUCGAUUAAUUGAGUAAUUGUUUCAGCGUAAAGCCAAUAAACGCACUUGAGUAACACGGUCUGCUGGUUGCAUUUAGGUAUUCUUUAUAUAACCAGAGCAUAAAAGGUUCUUAAAACUUCAACGUACCGCCGCCCACAUGGAAAAAAGAAACAACAUCUGUAUAAUGUAAACAGGAGCGAUGCAGUGACGUCCUAGCAGCCAGCUUAGGAAGCAUUUCCAUCCUUCACAGAUUAAUUAGCAGAGUCUCGGAGCGUCCAACAGGGUCAGCGCAGGAUGCGGCUGUCUGAAAAGCAGGGCGUCUAUACUUAGGCUCCCCGUCAGCCCUACAAAAAAGGCAGUGGUAAUCUUUAUGCAUGAUUUAAACUACCAGAUUAUCAACAAGACAAUGCCUUGAAGAUUGUUCAGGGACUCCCCCGAGAUAAUCCUCCGCCCUGGCACGCUUCAUUUCACACGUUGGAGUUGAAACGAGGGCGGGCGUGUCUUUCAGACUGAUGUAAAGCUUUGAAUGGAUGAAAACAGUUUUUGAUGAUAAGUAAAAGAGCAUGCAGAAGAAACGAUUGAUUAAUAAGCGGAUUGUUUUUGCAGGACGGCUACAUAGACUUCAUGGAGUAUGUGGCCGCUCUCAGUCUGGUGAUGCGAGGAAAGAUGGAGCACAAGCUGCGCUGGUACUUCAAACUUUACGAUGUGGACGGAAACGGCUGCAUCGACCGCCAUGAGCUCCUCAACAUCAUAAAGGCCAUCCGUGCAAUCAACGGAAGUGAAAAUUCAGACCUGACUGCCGAGGAUUUCACAAACCGCGUGUUUGAAAGGAUUGAUAUAAACGGAGAUGGCGAGCUGUCCUUGGAGGAGUUUGUUGCUGGCGCUCGCAGUGACCAGGAUUUCAUGGAAGUGAUGAUCAAAAGUCUGGACCUAACCCACAUCGUGGCCAUGAUCCACAACCGGAGGCACAGUAUUUAGGAUUUCCCCAAUCCAACUACCUCACCCUCAUUCCCGAUUUAAGCCGAGACCUUCAGUACAUUGCCAAAAAAAAUAAAAUAAGGUAAUUUAUAGACUGAGAUUUUCAUCAGGAUUGAAUCCAGUUUAAUAUAAUGCCGAUGUACUGCAAAGAAUGACAUUUGUUCCUUUUUAAUCUCUAAAAGAGUGACACGCAUGCACUUUAAAUGCAUUUGGAUGACUCAGUCAACCUCUGCCAACUGCUGAUUGUCCUUGUUUAAUGCUGCUGAGCUCUCCCAAGGCCACCUUGGCCUGAGGGAUGAUCUCUCAGACUUUCCACUAACCCAAAGAUACCAUGACGGAUAAAAGGAGGAGAAGAUAGGCAGAGAGUUGCAAUUAAAUGCACUCAAUGCUUUCCAAAUCCUUUAUUUUUCAGUUCCACUACAUCACUGUUCACCCUGUAGGGGGGGGGGGGGAGUUUACAGUCAGCGCUGCGCUUAACAUCCCUAAUGUGAUUAAGUCUAAGGCUCAGGUACAGGGAGAGGUUAACGUUUUUGAAAAAUCUGUGCAGGAUCUCAAAAUGUUUGGCCUUUUUCUUCAUGUUUUUAACCUUUUAUAAUUCUUAAAAUAAAUUUGAAACAAAAGGCAAGAUGCUGGACGGUGGUUUUGUAGCAUUUCUGUGUGUGGGUGUUUGGCUGAAUGAAUGCUUCGCUGCAGCCUAAAUACAGAUACCCUUUGUCGUUUGUUGGCUCUGCACGUCUGGUGCCUUCUGUUGGAAGAUGGCAGAAUGAGUUUUUUUUUUCUCUUUGCUUUUGCUUACUUUCAAAAUAAAAUCCAAGUCUUAUGUGGACUGCCUAUUGAAUGUAAUGGAUGUUAAUGUACUGUAGCUUGUAAAUUUUUGGAUGAUUUAGAGCAGUGGUUCUCAACUGGUGGGUCGGGAACUUCGUCUGAGUAAAAAAAAGAGUCAAGAAUCUAUGAAGGGCUCUUUAAACAUGCUGGGUUUGUUCCUUCUCUUUAUUCUGUCACAAGUUUUGUACCAUCUAAGUCCAAACCGCACCAUUUUUCAUUCAAUACAUCUGAUUGGUUGAAAAAUAUCAGAAAUCUGGGUCACUAUUAGAGGUUGGUGGAAGGUCCUCAGGCUGGACCAGUUGAGAACCACUGAUUUAGAGCUCAUGUCUUUUCAUUUGGCAUCUUACACAGUAACUCAAAUUAUAACUUGCUUGGACUAAUCAACAGCAAAAACAGCAAAAAAAACUCAAAUUUUAAAAGUGAAUUAAGCAUGUGUUUGAAUAAAUAAACAUCAACCUGAUGAGUACGGUGUAGAGCCUGAUCGAUAUGGGUUUUUUAAAGAUGAAUGUGCCGAUUUGAAGGAGGAGGAGGAAAGUUUGCCAAUACCAAUAUGUCGCCCGAUACAGUGACUUUAUUAGCUGGAUAGGAUCUAGCACUGACAUGAAAGGUGCUAAGAAGGCUACUUUCUUAAACACAGUCAUUUAAGAAUCAUUAACAUUACUUUACAUCGACAACCAUUACUCUGCUGACUGUCUGCUCCGCUGCGCUGCCCGGCUGCAGACAGUGCUGAGAGUAAUUUAAACUAUGGAGUCGGAGCACGGUUUGCUGGACAAACUACAUGAUGACACCAUUUCUAAAAAAAAAAAAAGAAAUCACCCUAAGCAUUGUCUUCCGCGUUACACGCUCUGUUUAGAAAGCUUUCAUAUGGGCGCAUAUUGGAAAACUUAUAGGCCAUUGUUAAUAUAUAUGUGACAAGCCAACAGUGAUACAAUAAUAUCUGCUGACUGAUAGAUCAGUCGGGCUUCAGUUAGGAGUGUAAUGUAGUUUAAUGCAGAUAAGAUAAGAUAAGAUGUGUACAUGUUCAUGUACAGUAUUUUUCAACAAUUAUAACUUUUCAUGUGAGGCCAUAUUUUAUAUAUUUGUAGACCUGUGUAUUAUUUAUCACCUGUCUGUACGUCAGCCUCUGCUUAUGGGCUCCCACAGGAGUACGUUAUAGUCUCUUAUUAACCAUGUAAUAAA